AGAGUCUACAAGAAGUCGUCCCCAAACAACAAACUCACGCUCUACCUCGGGACAAGGGACGUUAUUAUUUCCAACAAAGCAGUGGACAGAAUUCAAGGAGUUGUCCUCUGUGAGCCAGACUAUCUCCAAAAUAGGAAGAUAUUCGGUCAGGUAACACUGACGUUCCGCUAUGGCAGGGAGGAUGAGGAGGUGAUGGGUCUCAAGUUCUGCAACGAGGCGGUCAUGUGCCUUGCCCAGCUCUAUCCUCCUCACGAGAGAGCACCCCAAGAGCCAAACACACCUCUUCAGGACGCCCUCAUCAAAAGACUUGGUCCUAACGCCCACCCGUUCACGAUGGAUGUCACCCACCUAGCACCGCCGAGUGUACAGCUGGUACCUGCCAAAGAGUACUCCGGAGCACCGAUAGGAACGAGCUAUGACGUCAGGGCUUACGCUGCGGACAGGGCGGACGAGAAGCUGCACAGACGGAGCACGGUGAGGAUGGGGAUCCGGGUGGUCCAGGUGCCCAGCGGGGCGGAGGACCUGCCCCAGGGCACCCCGCCCCACGCCUCCGCCGAGAAGCCCUUCCUCCUCAGCGACGGCAAGCUCAAGCUGGAGGCCUCCCUCAACAAGGGGGUCUAUUACCACGGCGACCCGGUGCUCAUCAACUUAGCACUCCACAACAACUCUAACAAGACUGUACGUAGGCUUAAGGCAUUCAUCGUUCAACACGUAGACGUCUGCAUGUUCUCAAAUGGAAAGUUUAAGAACGUGGUAGCCAUGAUCAACUGCAUAGGAAGGAGCCCCAUAGGGCCAGGGGGCAGCUUGGAGAAGACGUUCGUCCUGAAACCUGUGAAGGGAGCGACCAAGAACUGGAUCGCCCUGGAGGACUCCUACACAAAGGCCAACACUUCGCUGGCUUCGACGGUGGUCUGCAACUCCCCGGAAGACAGGAACGUGUUCGCCAUCUACGUGUCGUACUACGUGAAGGUGAAGGCCCUGGUGGGGGCGAUGGGCGGGGAGCUGUCGGUGAAGCUGCCCUUCGUCCUGAUGCACUCGCCCUCGGAGCCGGACCCGGGGACGACGGAGCUGGUGGUGCCCUCGGAGCCGACGCCCCCCGCCUCCCCGGCCGCCCCCGCCCCGCCCGAGGACCAGGAGCAGAACACCUGAGGCAGGCCUAAGCGGGGGAGCAUCGUCACCGAGCUGCGGCUCAACAGGGCCUUCUGCUGUUUCGCACGGUCACACUGACGAAGCAUCGUUCAAUUGCCUCAAAGCAUUUUCUUAUUGUUUCAUUGCCAAGGAAUAAACACUAUUAUUAUAUGUGAACACUUCAAGUGCUAAGGUUAAACAAUUCAACUUAGUGCAGCAAUUGGCAAUGUAAUCAAUCACUUUAAUUCUUCCAGGUGAGAAGUUCAACCAUUGUGGAAGAUAGAAAGUGAAUUAGGGAAUCAUGGACUAACACACAACGAUACAUAAAUUUGAUUGGUCCUUUAAACUUUUAAUAGAAUAUGAAAUAUCAUGUUUCAGAAAGUGCUUAUUGUAAAACAAAAAGACGAAACUAUUUUUGUAAAUGAUAACAGAUAACUAAUAUUAUAAGGAUAUUUGGUAUAUGGAUACUCAUUUCUACAAUCAUAAGACCAUUUAAUUGUUGGUAUGAUAUUUGUAAAAUAAUUAUGACUUAUAUUUGACAAAGUGUGUCCUACAAGAUGAACAAAAAAAGUGGGAUAAAGACAUUAUUUUUAAUUUUGCUUAUGGAAGUUUUUAAAGAUUAUAAACUGUGCAUAAUGUUGAUAAAUCUUCAGAUAAAUAAAUGUGGACAUUAAUGAAACACCAAUUCCAGACAUAAUUGCAAAAGUGAUAAGUUUUUUAUUUCUUUAUUCAUUUUAUUUGUAUUUACUUUGAUUAGAAAUCUAAAAAUAUGAUAUUCCUUUUAUUAAUCAGACCAAGAAAUAUUUCUAAUACUCAAUUAUGACACCAUACAUGAAUGUAAAUAAUUCACAAAACUUCCAAGACUAAUUAUUUAUAAAUACAGUCCAAUCUCAGUGAUCCAAAACAAAUUGUCGCAGGUGUUUGGAUUACAGGAAUUAUUAGGAAAACUAAUUACAACAAAUGAUUAACGUUCACAAAUAUAUUAACUGAAUAAAUGCAAGUAUAAUUAUUUGAAAACAUUGAAUUUAUACGUUCUAAUAUUUUUUUUUUUUAAGAAUUCAUUUAUUUCAAUCCAUCUUCUUUUAUGUGUUGUUGUAAAUAUUGCAUGCAACUUACCAUUGAAUAAGUUAUUGAAAAGAGAUUCUCUGCAUCUUCAAGUUUUACUGUCAUUGUGUCUUAUAAAAGAUGAAAAAAUCUCAAAAAAUAAAAAUGGAGAAGAGCAGGUAGUGAGUAAGAGUCAAAAAUUUGUUACUUGCUAGCUCGCAGUGUCCAUUUUUCCGUUGAAAAAACAGUGUUCAAACUACCGAAGUUCAGAUUACUGAGAUUGUACUGCAUACAUGCUCAUGAAAAUAAUAUAAUUGAUUCAAUUUUCUUCAAAUUAUACUAUAACAGUAACUAUCUAUUAAACAUAAUGUUAAAAACAAAGAUUUUACAUGACGAUAAAUUUUUUUUUUUUUUAAAAGCUUCGGAACUUAUAAAUGCAAUAUCAUUUAAUAGCCUUGCUCAAUAUUUAAUUUUAAAGGUGAAAAAUAUAAAUUUUCAAAUAAGAAGAGAAAUUUUGUAUAUGUUUAUAGUUUUUUUUUCCCCUUAGGUAAAAUUCAAAGCAUUUGAUACCUGAUGCUGAUUGCAUUGACUAGCUCACACCUUUCAAGGUAAUGUCUAUGAAAGGUCAUAAAUUCAUAGAAUAGUUAAGAAAAAUAAUGUGACCAAUUUCAUUAGAGUAAUGAAUCAAUAUAGAAAUAAAUUGCCUUAUUUAGGAGAAAUAAAUAUUGAAUGCCAUUUUUAUAUAUAAUUAAUAUUCCUCAUGAUAAAAUACAAAUAUACGUAGUUAUACAUCUUAAAAAGUAAUUUACUUAUUGUCAAUUAUAACUUUGAAUCUAGACUUUGGAUAAAUAGAAAAAAAAAACUUGAUAUCAAAAUUAUUAUAAUAACAAAAAAUAGAAAAGGAACAACUAGUGUCAAUUUUCAAGAUGGUUUAAUUGACUUAAUGGUACACACUCCAAUACAUUGUAUUGGCAGAAGUAGGUAAACUUUAAGAAUGAUUGAAAAUAAUACAUUAAAAUAAAAAACAAAAGAAUUAUUAAAUUGUAAAGAUAUAAAUAAAGCAGUAAUAAAUAAUUUUAUUAUUUAAUUUUAUUAACCCACAACUGCUCACAUAUACAUAUGAAAUCAUUAACAGAAAUGUUAAAUUUUACAAUUUUAACAUUUAAAAAAACUCAACAUCUUGAAUUCAGCCUAAAAUCACGGAUUCAACAUUUUUAGAUAAAGUAUAAGCAAGAUAGCUUCAUCCAUUUUUUGUCAUUACCUCAACCAAUAUUAAACUUAAAUUUCAAAGGCAAUUCUCAUAAAUUUAAAAAUGCUUGGUUUAUAAUCUUUGGCAUAUUAACAAGAAACGGAAUCCAAUUUUGAUAAUCAUUAAAUGGUCUUAAUAAAAAUAUCCAUUAACAAAUACAACGUAGUAAGUAACAGAAGUAAAAAAGGAAAAAAGGGUGAAGGAAUGAGAGAAAAAUUAAAUAUACAUUUUCAUGCGUUUAAUUAUUCCAGUUGAUAGAACAUUAGAGUUUGGAAUGCUUUACGUGUUGAAACUUGUUUAAGUUAAUAGUUGUGACCAAUUAUAAGAAAUGCUUCAGCUUUUAAGUCACUCAUAGAGUGAAAUGUUGCUCUUUCUUCACGUUACUGUAUUGGGUCAAAGCUAUAACUGACCUUAGGAAAUUUUUAAAAAAAUAAUACAGAAAGCUAUAACAUUAACAAAACAUUUUAUGAAGAAAAAAAUGUCAACAAAUUUAUUUGGAUCAUUUUAUUUAAAUCAGGAUAAUAUGACCUUGAAUUUAUUAAACAAACAUAUCUAAAUGAGAGGUGAAUUAACUAAAAAUGAAUUCUACUAGAAUGCUCUCAGAAGCAUAAAAGAUUUACGCUAUCAAUUAAAAUCAGAAGGAAAAGAUAAGCAAUUAUCAUGUCAAAUAUGUCUUAUUUAGGUUAUAUUAGUAAUAUUGUGUCUAUAAGAAAUAGAGUAUGUAUUGUGAAAUUUGAAUUUUUUCCCCUCUCCCCAACAUUGGUUUUCAAUGCAAUAUUUAAAAGUAAAUAAUCAAAAAUGUAAAUAUCUUUUUUAAAGGAUAAUUUUUACACUUGGCUAAAUACUAAAUACUAGUAUCUUGAUGUAUGUUAAAUAAUAUUAAAAAUUUAUAAAAUUGUUAUCACUGAAUUCAAUAAAAAUGUAUUCUGUUAUAUUGCCUAAAUUAUUCUAUGUAUAAGUAAAAAAUUUUAAGAAAUGUGUGUUUA